GGCGUGCGCGUGUGGAAUAUCCGCAGACAUGCCUGCGCCGAGGACGUGCCAGCUCCUGCUCCUGCUCCGGGUGCUGCUGCUUCUGUGCGCCGGGCUCCUCACCGCAGCCAAGGGUCAGAACUGCGGAGGUUUAGUCCAAGGUCCCAAUGGCACCAUCGAGAGCCCAGGGUUUCCUCACGGUUAUCCCAACUAUGCGAACUGUACCUGGAUCAUUAUCACAGGAGAACGUAAUCGGAUACAAUUGUCAUUUCAUACCUUUGCCCUUGAAGAAGAUUUUGAUAUUUUAUCGGUUUAUGAUGGACAGCUCCAACAAGGGAAUUUGAAAGUGAGAUUAUCGGGGUUCCAGUUGCCGUCCUCCAUAGUCAGCACGGGAUCUAUCCUCACGCUGUGGUUCACAACCGACUUCGCGGUGAGCGCCCAAGGCUUCAAAGCCCUGUACGAAGUUUUACCUAGCCACACGUGUGGAAACCCCGGGGAGAUCCUGAAGGGAGUUCUCCACGGAACGAGAUUCAACAUAGGAGACAAGAUCCGGUACAGCUGCCUGUCUGGCUACAUCUUGGAAGGCCAUGCGAUCCUGACCUGCAUCGUCAGCCCGGGCAACGGGGCUUCCUGGGACUUCCCGGCUCCGUUUUGCAGGGCGGAGGGAGCCUGCGGAGGUACCCUGAGGGGGACCAGCAGCACCAUCUCCAGUCCGCACUUCCCCUCCGAGUACGGGAACAACGCCGACUGCACCUGGACCAUCCUGGCCGAGCCCGGCGACACCAUCGCCUUGGUCUUCACCGACUUCCAGCUAGAAGAAGGGUACGACUUCUUAGAGAUCAGUGGGACAGAAGCCCCAUCCAUAUGGCUGACUGGCAUGAACCUCCCUUCUCCCGUCAUAAGUAGCAAGAACUGGCUGCGACUCCACUUUACAUCAGACAGUAACCAUCGACGCAAAGGAUUUAACGCACAGUUUCAAGUGAAAAAGGCCAUUGAGCUGAAGUCAAGAGGAGUCAAGAUGCUGCCCAGCAAGGACAGUAGUCACAAAAACUCUGUCUUGAGUCAAGGCGGUGUUGCAUUGGUUUCUGACAUGUGUCCAGAUCCUGGGAUUCCAGAAAAUGGUAGAAGAGCAGGUUCUGACUUCAGGGUUGGUGCAAAUGUUCAGUUCUCCUGUGAGGACAAUUAUGUGCUCCAGGGAUCCAAGAGCAUAACCUGUCAGAGAGUCACAGAGACACUGGCUGCGUGGAGCGACCAUCGGCCCAUUUGCCGAGCUAGAACAUGUGGAUCAAAUCUGCGGGGACCCAGUGGCAUCAUUACAUCCCCUAAUUACCCAGUUCAGUACGAAGACAACGCGCACUGUGUGUGGGUCAUUACCACAACGGAUCCAGACAAGGUCAUCAAGCUUGCGUUUGAGGAGUUUGAACUGGAACGAGGCUAUGACACCCUUACGGUGGGCGAUGCUGGCAAAGUGGGUGACACCAGGACGGUCUUGUACGUACUCACUGGGUCCAGCGUCCCUGACCUGAUUGUGAGCAUGAGCAACCAGAUGUGGCUUCAUCUGCAGUCUGAUGACAGCAUUGCUUCCCCCGGAUUUAAAGCUGUCUACCAAGAAAUUGAAAAGGGAGGAUGCGGGGACCCUGGGGUCCCUGCCUACGGGAAGCGGGCAGGCAGCAGCUUCCUGCACGGGGAUACGCUCACGUUCGAAUGCCAGGCAGCCUUCGAGCUGGUGGGGGAGCGGGUGAUCACGUGCCAGCAGAACAACCAGUGGUCGGGCAACAAGCCCAGCUGUGUAUUUUCGUGUUUCUUCAACUUCACGGCGUCAUCAGGGAUUAUCCUGUCCCCCAACUACCCCGAGGAGUACGGCAACAACAUGAACUGCGUGUGGCUCAUCAUCUCCGAGCCGGGCAGCAGGAUCCACCUCAUCUUCAACGACUUCGACGUGGAGCCACAGUUCGACUUCCUCGCCGUCAAGGACGAUGGUGCCUCCGACGUCGCGGUCCUGGGCACCUUCUCGGGCCACGAGGUCCCCUCCCAGCUGGCCAGCAGCGGCCACGUCGUGCGCCUGGAGUUCCAAUCCGACCACUCCACCACCGGCCGCGGCUUCAACAUCACGUACACCACAUUUGGUCAGAAUGAAUGCCAUGACCCUGGCAUUCCCAUCAACGGACGGCGUUUUGGUGACAGAUUUCUACUUGGGAGUUCCGUUUCUUUCCACUGUGAUGAUGGCUUUGUCAAAACCCAGGGGUCGGAGUCCAUCACGUGCAUCCUGCAGGACGGAAAUGUCGUCUGGAGCUCCACCGUCCCUCGCUGUGAAGCCCCGUGCGGUGGACACCUGACAGCCGCCAGUGGACUCAUCCUGCCCCCCGGGUGGCCCGGGUAUUACAAAGAUUCUUUAAAUUGUGAAUGGAUCAUCGAAGCAAAACCGGGACACUCCAUCAAAAUAACUUUCGACAGGUUUCAGACCGAGGUCAACUACGACACCCUGGAGGUCCGCGACGGCCCGGCCAGCUCGUCGCCGCUCAUCGGGGAGUACCACGGCACGCAGGCGCCACAGUUCCUCAUCAGCACGGGCCACUUCAUGUACCUGCUGUUCACCACCGACAACAGCCGCUCCAGCGUCGGCUUCCUCAUCCACUACGAGAGUGUGACUCUAGAGUCGGAUUCCUGCCUUGACCCAGGAAUCCCUGUGAAUGGCCAUCGGCAUGGCAGCAAUUUCGGCAUCAGGUCUACGGUGACUUUCAGCUGUGACCCAGGCUACACACUCAGUGAUGAUGAGCCCCUUAUCUGUGAGAGGAACCACCAGUGGAACCAUGCAUUGCCCAGCUGUGAUGCCCUUUGUGGAGGUUACAUCCACGGGAAAAGCGGGACAGUCCUUUCUCCUGGGUUUCCGGAUUUUUACCCCAACUCUCUAAACUGUACGUGGACCAUCGAGGUGUCUCAUGGAAAAGGAGUUCAGAUGACCUUUCACACCUUCCACCUCGAGAGCUCCCACGACUACCUGCUGAUCACGGAGGACGGCAGCUUCACGGAGCCCGUGGCCAGGCUCACCGGGUCGGUCCUGCCGCACACCAUCAAGGCGGGCUUGUUCGGGAACUUCACGGCCCAGCUUCGGUUCAUAUCGGACUUUUCCAUCUCCUACGAGGGCUUCAACAUCACCUUUUCAGAGUACGACCUGGAGCCCUGUGAUGACCCUGGCGUCCCUGCCUUCAGCCGAAGAAUCGGUUUCCACUUCGGAGUCGGGGACUCUCUGACUUUCUCCUGCUUCCCGGGGUAUCGCUUAGAAGGUGCAAGCAAGCUUACGUGCCUGGGUGGGGGCCGUCGUGUGUGGAGUGCACCUCUGCCAAGGUGUGUGGCUGAAUGUGGAGCAAGUGUCAAAGGAAAUGAAGGAACGUUGCUGUCUCCAAAUUUCCCAUCAAAUUAUGACAAUAACCAUGAGUGUAUCUAUAAAAUAGAAACGGAAGCUGGCAAGGGGAUCCAUCUCAGGGCGCGAAGCUUCCAGCUGUUUGAAGGAGACGUCCUAAAGGUGUACGAUGGAAGGGACAGCUCUUCGCGUCCGUUGGGGGCCUUCACCAAGAAUGAGCUGAUGGGUCUGGUCCUAAACAGCACCUCCAAUCACCUGUGGCUCGAGUUCAACACCAACGGGUCUGACACCGACCAGGGCUUCCAGCUCACCUAUACUAGUUUCGACCUGGUGAAGUGCGAGGAUCCAGGCACCCCCAACUAUGGCUAUAGGAUCCGAGACGAAGGCCACUUUACUGACACUGUGGUUCUGUACAGCUGCAACCCGGGCUACGCCAUGCACGGCAGCGACACACUCACUUGCCUCAGCGGCGACCGCAGGGUGUGGGACAAACCGCUGCCCUCAUGCGUGGCCGAGUGUGGCGGUGAGAUCCACGCAGCCACGUCGGGGCGCAUCCUGUCUCCCGGCUACCCUGCUCCCUAUGACAACAACCUCCACUGCACCUGGAUCAUAGACGCAGACCCGGGAAAGACCAUCAGCCUGCACUUCAUCGUGUUCGACACGGAGACGGCCCACGACAUCCUGAAGGUCUGGGACGGCCCGGUGGACAGCGACAUCCUGCUCAAGGAGUGGAGCGGCUCCCUGCUGCCCGAGGACAUCCACAGCACCUUCAGCUCGCUCACCCUGCAGUUCGACAGCGACUUCUUCAUCAGCAAGUCGGGCUUCUCCAUCCAGUUCUCAACAUCCAUCGCAUCCACCUGCAAUGACCCCGGGAUGCCUCAGAACGGCACCCGCUACGGGGACAGCCGAGAGCCGGGCGACACCAUCACCUUCCAGUGUGACCCUGGGUACCAGCUCCAAGGACAAGCUAAGAUCACGUGUGUGCAGCUGAAUAACCGAUUCUUCUGGCAACCGGACCCUCCUACGUGCAUAGCCGCGUGUGGAGGGAACCUGACGGGCCCGGCGGGUGUGAUUCUGUCCCCUAACUACCCACAGCCCUAUCCUCCCGGGAAAGAAUGCGACUGGAGGAUAAAAGUGAAUCCGGACUUCGUCAUUGCCCUGAUUUUCAAAAGCUUCAACAUGGAGCCCAGCUACGAUUUCCUGCACAUCUAUGAAGGAGAAGAUUCCAACAGGCCUCUCCUUGGAAGUUUUCAGGGCUCACAAGCCCCAGAGAGAAUAGAGAGCAGUGGAAAUAGUCUUUUCCUGGCAUUUCGGAGCGACGCUUCUGUGGGCUUGUCGGGGUUCGCCAUUGAAUUUAAAGAGAAGCCGCGGGAAGCCUGCUUCGACCCCGGGAACAUAAUGAACGGGACAAGGAUUGGCGUCGACUUCAAGCUUGGCUCCACCGUCACCUACCAGUGUGACUCCGGCUACAAGAUCGUCGACCCCUCGUCCAUCACUUGCGUGAUCGGAGCAGACGGGAAGCCCGCCUGGAGCCGUGCGCUGCCCUCCUGCAAUGCUCCCUGCGGAGGCCAGUACGCGGGAUCCGAGGGCGUCGUCCUGUCGCCGAACUACCCGCACAACUACACGGCCGGCCAGACGUGCGUCUACUCCAUCUCGGUGCCCAAGGAGUUCGUGGUGUUUGGACAGUUUGCCUAUUUCCAGACGGCGCUCAACGAUUUGGCGGAAUUAUUUGACGGGACACACCCACAGGCCAGACUCCUCAGCUCGCUCUCUGGGUCCCAUUCAGGUGAAACGCUGCCUUUGGCGACCUCGAACCAGAUUCUCCUCCGGUUCAGCGCCAAGAGCGGCGCGUCCGCCCGCGGCUUCCACUUUGUUUACCAAGCGGUUCCUCGAACCAGCGAUACCCAGUGCAGCUCCAUCCCCGAGCCCAGAUACGGAAGGAGAAUCGGCUCCGAGUUUUCGGCGGGCUCUAUCGUCCGAUUCGAGUGUAACCCGGGGUACCUCCUCCAGGGCUCCACUGCCAUCCGCUGCCAGUCCGUGCCCAACGCUCUAGCUCAGUGGAACGACACGAUCCCGAGCUGCAUAGUCCCCUGCAGUGGCAAUUUCACUCAGCGCAGAGGCACCAUUUUAUCCCCUGGCUACCCAGAACCAUAUGGUAACAACUUAAACUGUAUCUGGAAAAUCAUAGUUACAGAGGGAUCAGGAAUUCAGAUCCAAGUGAUCAGUUUUGCCACCGAGCAGAACUGGGACUCCCUGGAGAUUUAUGAUGGCGGGGACAUGACUGCACCCAGGCUGGGAAGUUUCUCAGGAACCACGGUCCCCGCGCUCCUGAACAGCACCUCCAACCAGCUCUACCUGCACUUCCAGUCUGACAUCAGUGUGGCCGCUGCUGGCUUCCACCUGGAAUACAAGACCGUGGGCCUCGCUGCGUGCCAAGAACCAGCCCUUCCCAGCAAUGGCAUCAAAAUCGGAGACCGGUACAUGGUGAACGAUGUGCUCUCCUUUCAGUGUGAACCGGGGUACACCUUGCAGGGUCGUUCCCACAUCUCGUGUAUGCCGGGCACCGUCCGUCGCUGGAACUACCCAUCCCCCCUCUGCAUUGCAACCUGCGGAGGGACGCUGAGCAGCAUGGGGGGUGUGAUCUUGAGCCCAGGGUUUCCGGGCGCUUACCCCAACAACCUGGACUGCACCUGGAAGAUCGAGCUGCCCAUUGGCUACGGUGCACACAUUCAAUUUCUGAAUUUUUCUACGGAAGCGAAUCACGACUACCUGGAAAUUCAAAACGGGCCGUACCACACGAGCCCGACCAUCGGGCAGUUCAGCGGCGCCGACCCCCCGUCCGCCCUGCUCAGCACGACACACGAGACGCUCAUCCGCUUCUACAGCGACCAUUCCCAGAACCGGCAGGGGUUUAAACUCGCUUACCAAGCCUAUGAGCUGCAGAACUGCCCGGACCCGCCUCCGUUCCAGAACGGUUAUAUGAUCAACUCGGACUACAGCGUGGGCCAAUCCAUCUCUUUCGAGUGUUACCCUGGGUACAUUUUAAUCGGCCACCCCGUCCUUACCUGUCAGCAUGGGAUCAACAGAAACUGGAAUUAUCCCUUUCCAAGAUGUGACGCUCCUUGCGGAUAUAACGUCACAUCCCAGAACGGUACUAUUUAUUCGCCCGGGUUUCCAGAUGAGUACCCGAUCCUGAAGGACUGCGUCUGGCUUAUCACGGUCCCUCCUGGCCACGGCGUCUACAUCAACUUCACCUUGCUGCAGACGGAGGCGGUCAACGACUACAUCGCUGUCUGGGAUGGGCCCGACCAGAAUUCCCCUCAGCUGGGCGUCUUCAGCGGCAACACGGCCCUGGAGACGGCGUACAGCUCCACCAACCAGGUCCUGCUCAAGUUCCACAGCGACUUCUCCAACGGAGGUUUCUUUGUCCUCAAUUUCCACGCAUUUCAGCUCAAGAAAUGCCAACCUCCCCCGGCAGUUCCACAGGCGGAAAUGCUUACUGAGGAUGAGGAUUUUGAAAUAGGGGAUUUUGUGAAGUACCAGUGCCACCCCGGGUUCACAUUGUCUGGGACAGACACGCUGACCUGCAAGCUCAGCGCCCAGCUGCAGUUCGAAGGCUCCCUCCCAACCUGUGAAGCACAAUGCCCUGCAAAUGAAGUCCGGACAGAGUCUUCUGGAGUCAUCCUUAGUCCAGGUUACCCAGGCAACUAUUUUAACUCCCAGACAUGCUCGUGGAGUAUUAGAGUGGAACCAAACUAUAACAUCACCAUCUUUGUGGAUACAUUCCAAAGUGAAAAGCAAUUUGACGCACUGGAAGUAUUUGAUGGUUCUUCUGGUCAGAGUCCUCUGCUAGUGGUCUUAAGCGGGAACCACACUGAACAAUCCAAUUUUACGAGCAAGAGUAAUCAGUUAUAUCUCCGCUGGUCCACUGAUCAUGCAACCAGUAAAAAAGGAUUCAAGAUUCGAUAUACAGCUCCUUACUGCAGCUUGACCCACACCCCGAAGAAUGGUGGUAUUUUAAAUAGGACCGCCGGAGCAGUCGGAAGUAAAGUGCAUUACUUUUGUAAGCCUGGAUAUCGAAUGAUUGGCUCCAGCAACGCAACGUGUAGACGGAGCCCAGGCGGCAUGUACCAAUGGGAUUCUCUUGCCCCACUCUGUCAGGCUGUAUCCUGCGGAAUCCCGGAGUCCCCAGGAAACGGUUCCUUUGUGGGCAGCGAGUUCACACUGGACAGCAGAGUGACGUACGAAUGCAGCGAGGGCUUCCAGCUGGAGGCGGGCCAGCAGGCAGCGGCCGUGUGCCGGGAGGAUGGGUUAUGGAACAACACGGGGAAGCCUCUUGCGUGUAAACCGGUUACGUGUCCCAACAUUGAAGCUCAGCUCUCAGAACAUGUCACCUGGAGACUGGUUUCGGGAUCGCUGAGUGAGUAUGGAGCUCAGGUGGUGCUCAGCUGCAGUCCUGGUUAUUACCUGGAGGGCCAGAGGCUCGUGCAGUGCCAAGCUAACGGGACUUGGAGCAUCGGCGAAGAGAGGCCAAGGUGUCGAGUGAUCUCAUGCGGAAGCCUCUCCUUUCCCCCAAAUGGUAACAAGAUUGGCACACUGACGGUUUACGGAGCCACAGCCAUAUUUACGUGCAACACGGGCUACACCCUUGUGGGGUCUCAUGUCAGAGAGUGCUUGGCAAACGGACUCUGGAGUGGCACGGAAACUCGAUGUCUGGCUGGCCACUGCGGUUCCCCGGAUCCAAUCGUGAACGGUCAUAUCAGUGGAGACGGAUUCAGUUACAGGGACACUGUGGUUUAUCAGUGCAAUCCCGGUUUCAGGCUGGUUGGAACUUCCGUCCGGAUAUGCUUGCAGGACCACAAAUGGUCCGGACAGACCCCGGUCUGUGUCCCCAUCACAUGUGGCCACCCUGGGAACCCCGCCCACGGAUUCACCAACGGCAGUGAGUUCAAUCUGAAUGACGUCGUGAACUUCACCUGCAACACGGGGUACCUGCUGCAGGGUGCCUCCCGAGCCCAGUGUCGGAGCAAUGGCCAGUGGAGCAGCGCCCUACCCACCUGCAGAGUGGUGAACUGCUCGGAUCCAGGCUUUGUGGAAAACGCCAUUCGUCACAGGCAACAGAAUUUCCCCGAGAGUUUUGAAUAUGGGACGAGCGUCAUGUAUCAUUGCAAGAAGGGGUUUUACUUGCUGGGAUCGUCCGCCCUAACCUGCAUGGCCAACGGCCUAUGGGAUCGCUCUCUGCCCAAGUGUUUGGCCAUAUCGUGUGGCCACCCGGUUCCUGCCAAUGCCGUCCUGACUGGAGAGCUGUUUACGUACGGGGCCGUCGUUCACUAUGCCUGCAAAGGGAGCCGGGACCUUGUCGGCAACAGCACUAGAGUCUGUCAAGAGGAUAGUCACUGGAGUGGGACGCUGCCCCACUGUACAGGAAACGAUCCUGGAUUUUGUGGCGAUCCCGGGACCCCAGCGCAUGGGUCCCGGCUUGGAGAUGAACUCAAGACCAAGAGCCUUCUGCGCUUCUCCUGUGAAAUGGGUUACCAGCUGAGGGGCUCUCCUGAGCGUACAUGUUUGCUCAAUGGCUCGUGGUCGGGAUUGCAGCCAGUGUGUGAAGCUGUGUCCUGUGGGAAUCCUGGCACGCCCACCAAUGGCAUGAUUGUCAGCAGCGAUGGCAUCCUGUUCUCCAGCUCGGUCAUCUACGCCUGUUGGGAAGGCUACAAGACGUCCGGGCUAAUGACGCGUCACUGCACGGCCAACGGGACCUGGACGGGCACAGCCCCCGACUGUACAGUUAUAAGCUGUGGAGACCCAGGUACACUGGCAAACGGCAUCCAGUUCGGGACGGAUUUUACCUUCAAUAAGACUGUGAGCUAUCAGUGUGACCCCGGCUAUCUGAUGGAGCCCAUCACGUCAUCCACCAUCCGUUGCACCAAAGACAGUACGUGGAACAACAGCAAACCCUUGUGCAAAGCUGUCAUGUGCGGUCAACCUCCUCAAGUGCUGCAUGGAAAAGUGGAGGGAGCCGAUUUCCAUUGGGGCGCCAGCAUCAGUUACAGCUGCGUGGAUGGCUUCCAGCCCUCUCACUCCGCCAUCCUUUCCUGUGAAGGCCAUGGCGUGUGGAAAGGAGAGGUCCCCCAGUGCCUGCCUGUGUUCUGCGGAGACCCAGGCACCCCUGCGGAGGGGCGACUUAGUGGCAAAAGCUUCACCUAUAAGUCAGAAGUAUUCUUCCAGUGCAAAUCUCCCUUAAUGCUGGUGGGGUCGUCCAGGAGAUCCUGCCAGGCGGACGGCACGUGGAGUGGCACACAACCCACCUGCAUCGAUCCUGCUCAUAAUACCUGCCCAGACCCCGGUACUCCACACUUUGGAAUACAAAAUAGCUCCAGAGGAUAUGAGGUGGGAAGCACGGUGUUUUUCAGGUGCAGGAAAGGUUACCACAUUCAAGGUUCUACGACCCGAACUUGCCUCGCGAAUUUAACUUGGAGCGGGAUACAGACCGAGUGUAUACCCCACGCCUGCAGGCAGCCAGAAACGCCGGCCCACGCAGAUGUGAGAGCGAUAGACCUCCCCACCUUCGGUUACACGUUAGUGUACACCUGCCAUCCCGGAUUUUUCCUUGCGGCUGGGUCUGAGCACAGGACGUGUAAAGCAGAUAUGAAAUGGACAGGAAAAUCACCUGUCUGUAAAAGUAAAGGAGUGAGAGAAGUUAAUGAAACAGUUACUAAAACUCCAGUUCCCUCCGAUGUAUUUUUUAUCAAUUCCGUGUGGAAGGGAUAUUAUGAAUAUUUAGGGAAAAGACAACCUGCAACUCUGACAGUUGACUGGUUCAAUGCAACAAGCAGUAAGGUGAACGCCACCUUCCUCGAAGCCUCUCAGGUGGAGCUGAAGUUGACAGGAGUUUACAAGAAAGAAGAGGCUCACUUACUUCUGAAAGCUUUUCAAAUUAAAGGUCCUGCAGAUAUUUUCGUGAGCAAGUUUGAAAACGACAACUGGGGACUGGCUGGUUACGUGUCAUCAGGACUCGAGAGAGGAGGAUUUACUCUUCAAGGUGAUAUUCAUGGAAAAGACUUUGGAAAAUUCAAGCUCGAAAGGCAAGAUCCCUUAAAAUCUGACCAAGACUCUUCAAAUCAUUACCACGGCACUAGUAGUGGCUCCGUCGCAGCUGCCAUUCUGGUUCCAUUCUUUGCUCUAAUUUUGUCAGGGUUUGCAUUUUACCUCUACAAACACAGAACGAGACCAAAAGUUCAGUACAAUGGCUACGCGGGACACGAAAACAGCAACGGACAAGCUUCCUUUGAAAACCCCAUGUAUGACACAAACUUAAAACCCACAGAGGCCAAGGCUGUGCGGUUUGACACGACUCUGAACACAGUGUGCACAGUGGUAUAGCCCUCAGUGCCCUUAGGACUGACUCAUAGCCAUACCUCCGACGGACAAGCAGUAACUCCUUUGGUGCCACAGACCACCCCCUGCACUCCUGGCUUUGCGCGGUGACCGGUCGCGGGCCGCAGCCUGGCGAGGACGGGAUGGCACGAGCCCCGCCGCCCGGCGGCCGGGAGCCACGGCGAGCGCAGGGAAGGCUGCGAGUCACGCCGCCGCUGCGUGCUCGACGCCUCGGACCUUCCGAUUUCUGUGUGGCUGGGAUGCCUUUCAAUGCAAUCUCCUGGGCACGUGGAUACAUCCUUCGGGUGCGGUGACAAAAUGGUAGCACCACAACACCACAACACGUCGUUCGGUUGUUUUAUGGUUUUUGUUCUUGUUUUAACCCCCAUGAAUAGGAACACUCUGAAAAAAAAAAAAAGCUCUCUCUCGAAGAAGACACCUUUCUGGUAGACGCACACACCUGCAAACGCUUCACUCUGUCCUUCCUGAGACCUGACAAGCUUUGAGGACUCACAGGUCCGCUCAGUGUCCAUUCCUAGGGCCGUCCGCAAAUUCCCCCGGUCAGCUGUCCUAUUGCAGAAUUUUUGAUGCACAAUUUUUUUGCACUAGUGUGUUAUGAAUGACUGAGUAAGAUUCUGAUAAAAAAAUAAACUAUUUACACAGGGUUUAUACACACGAUCCAUUGUAUAUAAGCAUCUUCCCACGCGGUCAAGCGAAACAUCCACCAUCCGUUCAGUUGGCGUGUUAGAGAGAGGAAGUGUCGCUGACGUGGCACAGGUGUAAGAGGGAAAUGCGGUGUUGAAGACAUUUAUUUUAUUACUGCUUCCUUUACUUACAUGUGUGUGUCGAAUUCAUCGAAGAUGUCGAAAAAGGAAAAAAAAAAGAGGCCUUUUUAUGUUUCCUCCCGCACACACGGUCCCCCGCUCGGGAUCGCCCGGAGCACCACCGCGGCCGCGCGGGAUGGCGGGGGGCGGGUCGCAGCAUCUCUCUCUGCCAUGUACAAAAUGUCAAUAGUUAAUUUAUUUCCGAUAGCUCGAGAACGUGCGGGGUCAGCCCACCGCCGUCUUCCUGUGCGCCGUGGUUUGCCCCCCGGGGCGCCGCCACCCGCUGGCCACGCAUGAAAAGACGGUUACCAGGUGGCGCCUUGACCUCGGUGGGGCUGGGCCAGGAUCCAGAUGCCGGGUGUUCCCCUGGAGGCAAGGGGCGGUGACGCACACGCUCCCUGCCUGAUGACACGUCUCGUACUUUGCUGUGGCUUCAGUUUCCUGCGAAGCCCAGAAGCAGAGACGAUUUGGGUGUUUUUUUUUUUUUUCCACCUUUAAAGUGUAUUCUCUGUACGUUCUGAGUUAUGGUCUGAAGACGGUCGGUGUGACCUCCCCGCCCCGGGGUGGGUAGGGUCAAAGCGUGAAGGCCAGGACGUGGCGGGGAGACGUCAGAUGUAACCAGAUCCAGGCGAAGAUCAUGUUUGUCUUCACUGAUACCGGUUUGAUCAGAGACGUUUUGAACAGGUGAUGCUUAUUCUCUCAUCGGGGUCUUCGGUUCGUUCCCAGGCCAGGGUCCACAGCGCCCGGCGGACACGGCCACACCUGGCGUGGAGGCAGACACGUUGGUUUCUCUGUUGAGCGUCUCAAGGCAGGACUUCAAACGUGAAAAAUGAAAGAAAGAAAAAAAAAGUCGCAAACACCUGUCAGGAUAAUAGCUCAUCCGUCCAAGUCGUGUGUGUCGAUGUGGGCAUUUCGCGGACUUCGUGUCUUUGGUUCCCACUGUUCUGUCCCUUGUUCGAAGGGGCGAGCGCCGUUAGGAGGGCCUGGCUGACCUCUUCUAGGGGCUUCUCGGCCUUCGGAAUCCCGCUCCCGCGUUCCUGAGCACCAUGCAGAGCUCCGUGCCCCCCCCCCGCCGCCGGCCGGCCCGCUACCGCGCCCGGAGAUGUGCUGCGCGACCCGGGGCCGUUACCCGAGCUGUCCUCGGGCCAGAGGAGGUCAGCGGG